AUGUCUCUCCCAGGGAAUCGAAUGCUUCUAUCCCCACCGGCAGCCCCGGCACUCUCGCCCCAAGACAGAAUUGUCAACACUCGUCUUGAACGGCAAGGUACGGUCAGAAGCCCACCACCGGAGGCCUCUACCACCACCGGACCUCAAUCCCAGGGCACUACUCCCGACAUUGCGAGAAGCCAAGACGGCUCCGGCCUUGGCAGAGCCGAAUCAUCCAGACCUUCGAGACACGUUAGCUCGCCGGCGUCCCCAGGCGACUUGGGGUUCACGGGCCCUGAGGAUAGUGGAGUGGCCACUCCUCUGGAUAUCACAUCCAUCCUAAGCCAUGCUGUCGACCAAGUCCAACAGCAUAGGAAGAAGCACAGCUUCGGCACCAAAGCCAUCACCUUGGAAUACGUCAACAUUCCACCGGAGUGUGCCGAGCAAUUGAUUGACAACUACUUCACCAACAUCAAUGGGAAACUACUCCCUGCGAUGGUAGAUCGCAAGCUAAUUGACAUGAUCCCCUAUCUCCUCGGCACGGACCACGUCCACCUCGAUGCUUCCAUGCUUCUCAUAUACUACUGUAUACUCUGGCAGGGACUUUUCUUUAAGAAGGCAGAGUCACCAGAGAACCUCAACAAACAUUACGCAAGGCAAAUCUUCAUAUGCUGUCGGCGGACCAUCCCGGUUUGGCAGGAAGAGGCCGUUAGGACUGUCACGGAUUUCAUUGCGGCCAUGUACAUGACUCAGACGGCCACAGAGAGCUUCGACUUCAGCCUAAGUUGGGAGAUGCACAAGCUGGCUUGUGAAUACGCCCAGGCAUCGCAACUGCAUAUUCUCGACAGCCUCGAACCCUCCGCGGGCCAGCCUUCCAUGAGUGACGACGAUCGCAUUGGCAUGUGGGAUCUCAUCCAGCUCGACCUCUUCUUCCGUCUCAUCAACAACAAACCGGCAGCAUUCUCAUCCCACCUUAAAGACUGGAGAGUCAACAUGCCCCGCCUCUCUAUUGACGUCCCGCGAGAGCGGGAUGAUGCCGUUCCAACCAUGGCUUUCUUAGUCAGGAGCCGCCUCACCUUUAUUCUCAUCAGCUAUUUCCAGGUCUCAGAGACGCUGCAAGAUGAGGCCGAUGUAUUAUCCGCCGUCAACUCCCUCUGCGAAGAGGUGGAUAAAAUCUUCGAGGAAUGGAAAAUCGAGGAAUGGCUGGAGAGUUACAAAGACGACGAUGUUAAUGCUUGGGUUCUGGGAGACCUUGCGCUCUCAGGCUACACCUCCAUACUCUUCAUGCUCCGAAAAGCGUCAUUCCCCGGGUGCAACGACCGCCGCCCACUAUUAUCAGAUAAUGACGACAUGAUUCCCAGAAACGACCUUUCAAUACCGAGCGCAAUGAUUCACGAUCCUACGGCGCCAACAGCCAGGGAAGACCUCCGGCUCCUGCAGAAUGUAGCUGAAUGCGUCGAGGGAUUGGCGAGAGAGGGCACCGAGUUCUAUCCUCCAGCGCGGGCCUUUAGGUUGGUGAAUAUCGAGGUCGAGAGGCGGGUGCAGGAAGCAGCGGAUGCGGUUCGAACAAGACAUGCAAUCGUUCUAAGAUAG